AUGCUGGCGUUCUACCAAAAGCAUCGUCUUCGUAUACUAAAAAGCACGUACGUGUUGCUUCUUCUCGCCAUGCUCCAGAACUUGAAGUCGUCCCGGCCCAAACGAACGCGCGAAACGAGAUCGUCCAGCACAUCUCAAGCUGACCGACAGACGUCACUGGUGCGAAGAGAUCGAUCAGACAGCGAAUAUGGGUCACAGGACGACGAUGCGAGCAGUUCUCGUGUCGUAGACUCGACGAAAAACGCCGCUGAAACCACCGCUGAAACCGCCGCAUCCUCGUCCCCCAAUUUUCUUUUCAAGCUCAUCAUGCGCGACUACAGAUGUCUUGCGCUGUUCGCGUUUCAAGCGACUCUUCUUGUGUUCCGCACCGUGCUUUCCAUUCAAGUUGCAACCCUCGACGGUAUGCUCGUGUCGAGGCUAGUAAAGGCGAAAUACGCGAGCUUUCUACGCAUUUUGCUCGGGAAAUGGAUGGUUUUGGGCGUUCCUGCUAGCAUUAUCAAUUCCCUGAUUCACUACACAACCAGACUUUGCGCCGUUUCUGUCAAUCGACUGUUGUCCGAUCAUCUGCUCGACAAAUAUAUGUCUUCUCACCACACAUUUUACACCGCCAAUAACAACUCUCACGGCGCCCGCCUCGUGGUCACCGACGCCUCUAAAGUUGGUGUCACUACGGAAGACGAGGAACUCGCUAAAUCGGACCUGUCCGUACAGUAUCUCACUCGCGACGUGGGCGCGUUCUCGUACAAUCUGUCCGUUUUAUUGAGUCAGCUGUUGAAGCCCACCCUAGAUCUCCUUUUAUGCUCUUUCAAGCUUGUGUCUGCAGCCGACAGUGGGAUGAUGGGCGAGGGUACACUCGUACUGGGUAUCAUUGUUCACAUAAGUAACCUGUUACUGAAAAUGAUCCAGCCCAACUUCACCAAAUUGUCUAUUCAAAGAACACAUCUCGAGGGCCUAUUCAGAAGUCUUCACUCUAAAAUUCAUACUAGCUCAGAGGAAAUUGCUUUGCUCAAGGGCCAGGUAACAGAGCUAUGGAAUUUGGAUUCCAGAUUUUACCAAUUAGCCCUUUUCUUAAACAGGGAACUAAAACUGCAUGCAGUGUAUGAUUUUGCCACCACAUUUGUUAUCAAAUAUACUUGGGGUGCAGCCGGACUGGCUUUAUGCUCGAUCCCAAUCUUUUUCCAAAAAGAGCGGCAUAACGACAUGACAGCGGAAUUCAUCACUAACCGCAGACUUCUGUUGACGGCUUCCUCAUCCGUAGGCCGUUUUGUUCAGCUCAAGAAAAGCGUCCAGCAACUGCGAGGAGUUACUGUUAGGUUAAGCCAAUUUAACCACAAGCUAGAUCGUGGAAAUCCUGCCACUAUUCUGGAAGAUAGCGACUCCUUGGUCGAAUAUGAUGAUUCCAGAAUUCAGUUCAUAAACGUUCCUCUAGUUACACCAAGCCUCCAAUUACUUGCCCCUGAGCUGAACUUCGAGGUAAAACAGGGAGAUCAUUUACUUAUCAUUGGCCCUAACGGAUGCGGAAAAUCAUCUUUAUUCAGAGUGUUGGGUGGGCUUUGGCCAAUAAUGAGCUCGUUCACCAAUCCUGAAAGAGAAACCAAGUUAAUAAUGCCCAGAAGAAUAGGUCCUAAUGGUGAAAAGCCCAUUUUCUAUUUGCCACAGAAGCCCUUUAUGGGUAAUAAGUUCAGCUUUAGGGAACAAUUGAUAUACCCUGAUACCAUCAAAGAUUUCGAAAAGAGAUUUGAAGGAGACUAUGAGAAAGGAGAUGAAAAGCUGAUCAGCAUUUUGCACACGUUAGAAUUGGACGACCUCAUAACAGAAAACAUGUCCAUCAUUAUGGCCACUUCAGCCAACAGUGACACACAGUCUGAAGUGUCAAUAAGGCAGUCCUUCGAUUGUGUUCGAAAAUGGUCCGAAGAGCUGUCGACGGGUGUACAACAGAGAUUGGCAAUGGCGCGCAUGUACUAUCAUCAGCCCAAGUUCGCCGUCUUGGACGAAUGCACUUCAGCUGUGUCACCAGAAAUGGAACAGAAAAUGUAUGCACACGCACAAGAAUUGGGCAUAUCCCUAAUCUCAGUGUGUCACAGAACAACGCUCUGGCAUUUUCACAAUUUACUUUUAAAAUUCGAUGGUGAAGGGUCUUAUGAAUUUGGCCCAUUUGAUCCGGAACAACGGCUCCAUGAUGAAGAGCAGCUCAUGAAACUGAAUGCCCUUUUGGAAAAAGAUGUCCCAGUAUGGAGAAAACGGUUGAAUGAGCUUAUUAUAGCUAAGAAUUCAAACUUUCUUCGUAAAUCUCAGACUGACUUGAAGACGCUUCCUUCCAAGAACAGCUUAUUAUUGACUGGACCAACGCCGCCUCGUUAA